AGAAUUUACCAAACGUAAAAACACGUCCAAAACAAACACCAGCUUCAUUCUUCCAAAUAAAAAAUCAAAAGCUCUAAAUUCUUUCGCUGGGUUGUAACCUGCAAACAAAGUGUUUGGCUAAACGCCCUUUAUUUACUGUGUGUACCUUUUCCACUGCAAACAAAGGUUAGAAUACACCUAUUUUCUGGUAUUCAUAACGCCAAGGGAUGGAGUUCACAACUUGUCUUAAAUCCAACUUUAACCAACUAUCAACUUUUCUACACCAACCGAUUAAUCGCCAGAACACUCACUAUCGCCGUUUUUUAGCUUCGCUCUACACUAUGACUGCUAAAUCUAUGCACUGCAGAGCCACUGCCGAAAUGCAAAGCAAGAGCGGCUCAUUUGGAACCAUCGAAAAGGUCAAACCAAUCUCUGGUGAUCAUUCCUCUGAUCUGGCAUUAUCAAGUUUAGCAGCUCUAUGCCCAUUAGAUGGCCGCUAUUGGGAUAAAGUUAAGGAUCUGGUUCCAUUCAUGAGCGAGUAUGGCCUCAUUCGCUUUCGAGUCCUAGUUGAGGUUAAAUGGUUGCUAAAGCUUUCAGAAAUUCCUGAAAUCCCUGAAGUUCCUAGUUUUUCUUUGGGAGCAAAAUCUUAUCUGCAUGGCUUGAUUGAUGGAUUUAGCUUGAAUGAUGCAAUGGAAGUCAAGGAAAUUGAGAAAGUAACUAACCAUGAUGUUAAAGCAGUGGAGUAUUUUCUUAAACAAAGAUGCCAAUCACAUGGAGAAAUUGCUAAGGUGCUUGAAUUUUUCCAUUUUGCGUGCACUUCUGAGGACAUCAACAAUCUAGCACAUGCAUUAAUGCUAAAAGAAGCUAUUAAUAGUGUUAUAUUGCCAGCCAUGGAUGAGCUGAUUACUGCAAUCACUGACAUAGCCACAUAUACUGCACAUGUCCCAAUGCUUUCUAGGACCCAUGGGCAGCCAGCUUCACCAACAACACUAGGAAAGGAAAUGGCUAUUUUUUCAUAUCGGUUAUUUAAUGAGAGACGUGAGAUUUCACAAGUUGAGAUGCGAGGGAAGUUUGCGGGUGCAGUUGGAAAUUACAAUGCACAUAUAGUUGCAUAUCCUGAUGUUAACUGGCCACAAGUUGCCGAAGACUUUGUAACAUCUCUUGGCUUAAGCUUCAAUCCAUAUGUUCCCCAGAUUGAAACUCAUGACUACAUGGCAAAGCUGUUUCAUUCGAUUAUCCAAUUCAACAACAUUUUAAUCGAUUUUAAUCGAGACAUUUGGGGAUACAUUUCAUUACGAUACUUCAAACAGACAACCAAAGCUGGUGAAAUUGGAUCUUCAACAAUGCCUCACAAAGUGAAUCCCAUCGAUUUUGAGAACAGCGAAGGGAAUCUUGGAGUUGCUAAUGGAGGCCUAUCACAUCUAAGCACAAAGCUGCCGAUAUCACGGUGGCAGAGGGAUUUGACGGAUUCUACGGCUCUUAGAAAUAUGGGAGUAGGAUUGGGGCAUUCUCUUCUUGCUUAUAGAAAUGCAUUACGGGGAAUUUCAAAGCUUCAGGUCAAUGAAGCUGCCUUGACAGAAGAUUUGGACCAAUCAUGGGAGGUUCUUGCUGAACCUAUACAAACUGUGAUGCGAAGAUAUGGUGUCCCAGAGCCAUAUGAAAAACUAAAAGAGCUAACCCGGGGGAGAACAGUGACAAAAGAUAGCAUUAGGGAGUUCAUUGAAGGUAUAGAAAUACCUCAUAAUGCAAAGACUACUCUUUUGAACUUAACACCACAUACGUAUAUUGGUGCUGCUGCUGAAUUGGCCAGAAACAUAGAAAACAUUACUAAAUCCAAGUAAUGUGGCUAUUGCAUCUGGCCUUGACUAUGAUCGAAGUAUCUUUGAGGUAGUCUUGUCAUCACUAACAACAAGUUCAGCUGGUAAGUUGAGUUGGAACUAUCCUUGUCUCGGAGCAUUGAAGUUUCGAUUUUGGUGUUAAAUUUCAGAUGAAAUUCGGUGUUGUAUUCUCAUAGUCUGAAUAAUCCUUUAACUUUUAUGUUACAUUUGGUCACUUGUAGUAUACAUUUUAUAAGCAAUACUUUCUUUCUUUAAUGAGGUUUUGUCUAGAUCAUUUUCUGAUGGCUUCUUAAACUUUUUAUGUUGUCAUUUGUGUAUCACAUAAAUGUGUGCCCUGAUGUAUUUCCGA